AUUGAUCCAACGCAAAGAAAAAAUCUGAAAUUGAAAAGAGAUCAACUGUUCAAUUAUGGAUUAGAAUCAGCAAUUCAAAGAUGAAGAAGAGACUCGCGUUGAAGCAAAAUGGUCAGCGCAGAAGAAAUUCUUUGGGCCGAAUCCUCAUUUCUUCCGCUGUCAGAGCGCAAUAAAUUCGCCUGUCGUUUUUCGGAAGGCGGGAAAGAAAAGCGGCAAUCGGGCUCUGCCCAUUUACACUGAUAAUCUGCACGCCGUGCGCCGCCGCCGGCUGCGAAGGAGAUGAAGGGGAAGUACAAAGACUUGCCGGAAAUGGUCAUUCCGGAUACGGAGGGGCUGCCCAAGGCUAUCGUGCGCCGCGUGGUGAAGGAUACGCUGUCUCAGCUCUCACACGGUUCCGAUAUCCCUCUGGUUGGCGAAUCGCUCGACGCGUUCUGUGUAGGCGGCCGAGUCUUCAUCCAUUCACUCUCCGCUGCAGCCAAUGAGAUAUGUAAAGAUUCAAAUCGACAUAUAAUCACUGCUGAAGAUGUAUUCAAGGCCUUGGAAGAGCUUGAGUUUCCAGAAUUUGAUACUGAUCUCAGAUCUUCGCUCGAAGAGUUUAGAGAAAAGAAUGCCGAGAAGAAGUCGAAAGCGGGAUUAUCAAGGACAAAAGAUACAGAGAAGAAAGGGAAAAGGAGAGUGCCGGCUGCAAAACAUGAAGGUCGAAGCAAGCAGAAGCGUCGAAGAGGAUAGUUCUGAUUGAAAUGGAAUAAAUUGGAGAGGGGAAACUGUUUGUAGGUAACGUUAUAUAUAUAUAUAUAUAUAUGCAUGGGUAUACAUUUUGGCUUAAAUUUGGCUAUGGAGAUCUUGCAUUUUGCUGUGAACUUUGAUACUAUAUGUUGAAGCCUGAAAGGAAAUGGUUAGGAUGUGGAUUAACAUGUUGUAGUUUAAAUAUGUUAUGUCUUAAUAUAUAUUGUGUGUUGAGAUGCACUGUAUCGACUAA